AUGGGUGAGCUCUCCACCAAUGGCGAAGGUCUUGCCCGGCAAGACCUAAGCAAGCUGGAUGUGAGCAAGCUCGGUGUGGACACAUUGGAAGUGAUGUCGCGACAGGCGACGGUUAAUGUCGGCACCAUCGGGCAUGUUGCGCACGGUAAGUCGACCGUCGUCAAGGCUCUCACUGGCGUUAGAACGCAAAAGUAUCAUCGAGAGGCGGUCAUGAACAUCACGAUUCAUCUGGGCUAUGCCAACGCCAAGGUCUUCCAAUGCGAGACGUGCCCCCGACCUACAUGUUUCCAGACCUGCCCGUCCUCGCAACCGGACGAUACCCCAUGCCCGCAGUGCGGCAAGUCCAUGGUCCUUAAGCGGCACUUUUCCUUCGUCGACUGCCCUGGACAUGACGCGCUCAUGGCAACGAUGCUCAGUGGCGCCGCCAUCAUGGAUGCCGCGCUGCUGCUUAUUGCUGCUAACGAGAGCUUUCCACAGCCACAGACGCUGGAGCACAUAGCAGCGGCUGAGAUAAUGGGGGGUUGCUUUCUUAUUGUUCUUCAAAACAAAAUGGAUCUCAUCCGUAAUCCGGAGCUGGCGACAGAACAGCGCGAUCUAAUUCAACAUUAUCUUGACACAAAGACAAACUACGUGGGUGCGCCGAUCCUCCCCAUCAGUGCUCAGCUUGAAAUCAACAUUCCAUACCUCCUGGAGUACCUCGUGCAUGUGCCACUUCCCAAACGUAUGAUGCGGACGCCAGAUGUCCGGCUGCAUGUUCUGCAAAGUUUCGAUCUCUCAAUUUCCGGCGAUACCCUGGAGACGGCGGCACUCUGCGGUGGGGUCGUGGGGGGAUCUAUCAAGCAGGGUGUGCUGUGCAAAGGUGAUGUGGUAGAAUUUAUUCCGGGUCUUAUUACGGUGUCAAGGCCGGGCAUGCCACUGCCAUCCCGCGACGCGGCCCUCAGUGGAGCGUCAAUUUCCUACCUCUCGACGCCACCACCUGGAACACUGUAUUGUACUCCCCUCCGUACAACCGUGCGCAGUCUUCAAACAGAAAAUAAUUCUCUUGAAUUUGCUAUCCCUGGCGGUCUCAUCGCUAUGGGGACCUCUUUAGACCCAGCCUUGACACGGCAAAAUAAACUGUGUGGGCAAGUUCUCCGGGUGGUGCACUCACAGCUUUAUGGUGACUGCAGUAACGCGGUGGAUGUUGAAGUAUACCGCGAGGUUGAUAUCCACUUUUACCUGUUGAAAGAACUGCUCGGCCUGGCGGGACCGGUGACUCGAGCACAGCACGCAAGGCAUGGCGUGAACUCCGCAGUCCGCUUGCACACUGCCCAUCAUCCGCCGGGUGAAAAAAUUGCGUCGACACGUAUUCAGCCCCUUCGCGAAGGCGAGACAAUUCUUAUCAGUGUUGGGACACUGACCACGGCAGCUACGGUCCUACGUACAUCGCGUGCAGCCGGAAGGGCUUUUUGUCAAUUGGAAAGACCUGUAUGUGGUAAUAUCGGAGACAAGGUGGUCCUCACCCGUUAUAUUUGCCGUAAAGUCCGCUUAAUUGGAUGGGGGACCAUCAAGCGAGGCGUACCGGUUCAAUUUUUGUAG